CGAAGGAUCCCCUUCCCCAACGCACUCUCUCACUCUGAAACGGGCGAAAACGGAAGAGGAGCUCCACGCGGCGCCUCAACCUUGUCACUCUCACAGAGCCACUGUUGCCUACACCGCUCGGUCGCCGUGUCCUCUGCGUCAUCCUGUUCGUCUGACGCCUCCGACCGCGUCGCGUUGUCCCUGUGCCUCUGUUGGCCUUCGCCUCACCUGAACCUUCACUGUUGUCUCCUCAGUGUCACCUCGCCGGUCUAUGCUCCACGGUGGCUCGCAUCUCUCCCUGCGGUCAAGCAUAAAAAUAGACACACGACAACGGCGUCUCACUCAUUGGCCACGUCUCUCUGCGCCUCUCGCCGGCAGCUGUGCCUCGUCUUCCCACUGACAGUCGCUGUUUGCAACUGCUCGUUGCUCACCGCUAAUCGCUGCUUGCCUCCUCUGUAUUGAAGCCAUUGUCUUGGCUACGUCGUGACUCGCCUUCUUUGCCUUCGCCUCUGCUUCUGCGUGUCGUGCCUCAUUUGUCUCUGUCACUCUUCUUCUGGCCUUGUCUGACUGUGCGUCUUGCUUCUCUUCCAUUGUCCAAGCUAAGCUAAGUUGUAGAGAUGGAUGACUUGUCCAAGAGCCAGAUGUUUGUGAUUCAUGGUGUUGCUGCAGUUGGCUCUGUGGCUUUUGCUUCUGCUCUCACAUAUCCCCUCGACACCAUGAAAGUCCUGACUCAGGUUGCUUCUAGUUCCGGUAAACAAUUGAAUGCUGCCGAGCUCUUGCUUAGAAUUCUCACUCUCUCUGGUAAUUCAGGCAUUUCAGGUCUGUUUAGUGGUUAUGGAUCGUUAGCACUUGGAAGGACUCUUGGUCUCGGAGCUCGAUUUGGGGUCUAUGAAAUCAUCACUGCCUUUUAUAAGGAUGGGCUGGAAGAUAAUUAUGUCUCUGCUUCUGAUGCUCUUUUGGCUGGAAUGGCAGCUGGUGCUGUAGAGGCUUUGAUAAGCUCUCCAUUUGAACUUAUCAAGCUUCGUGAACAGGUUUCCUCAGCUUCAUACAUUCCGAACUCUACUUUUGCUUUGGACAAGGGAGCCCAACCACCUUUAAUUUCAAGAUUACUGAGUGGCUGUUAUCCUGACAAGAGAUCCUUGAACCAAUAUGUCGGUCUCAUCUCUACCCUAUCUACCAAAAAUACUAAUGUGACAAGUGCACUGCUGGAGUAUCCUUGGAUGAUGACAGGAUCUGGGAAGCCACCAUCAGUUUGCAAUGUCAGAAGGCCAUCUGAUAUUAUAUCAUUGGAAGGAUGGGGCGCAUUAUGGAGAGGUCUUCGUUCGGGAAUUGCUCGAGAUUCUGUGUUUGGUGGUGUAUUUUUCUCAAGCUGGCAGUUUCUGCAUCAAGCAAUGCUUGAUUGGAAGGCUGUAGGGAUGGAUCCUCCGCCCAGGUCAGAUGAAGAAGUUGGUCCAUUGUCUCCUUUAUUUGUUAGUAUUGCUGCUGGAUUGUCAGCUUCAGUUGCUGCUGCGGCUUCUCAUGCCUUUGAUACUACAAGAACUAGAUCACAGUGCACUGUGCUACCAAAGUAUGUUUCAAUGGAGAGAAGGCUCCUGAAGUGGAAACAGCCAGGAAACAAGUUUGAAAGAUAUACCGGGAUCCAUCCUUCUGACAGGAAUCUAUUGUUCCGUGGUCUUCGGUGGCGGAUGGCUCGCUCUGGGCUUGCAUCAUUCAUGAUUGUAGGAAGUUAUUUCUUCGCUGUCGAUCAUCUUGCUUCUAAUUUGACUUGAUUUCCUGUUAAAAUGCCUAGUACUUUUUCUUUCUUCCUAAGAAUAACACGAUCUGUGCCGCUGUGUACUAGUAAAGGGAAAUAGAAGCAGAUAUUUCUUCAUAAUUACCAUAGUUGAAUAGGAUAUUGAAAUAGUGAAAUGAAUUAUUUACUUUGAUGAUCAACAGAUUGAAAGAAAGAGAAAAAGACUGCAUGUUGUUUACUGCACAUAAAACUGAUUCUUGUGAGUUGAGGGAUUUGCAUGUGGAACAUGUUUUCCUUUCCAGAUUUUGUACCUUUUCAAUGACCGAUAAUCAAAUAAGAUUUAAAUGUAUAUUUUCCCCA